AUGAAGCUCUUCUCACUACAAGUUUUCUACAAAGAUGAAAUAUCAAGUCAGGAUUUUAUAAUUUUCACCGCGAAGCUACUCGUCGAACGCGCGAAUAAGGGCACCCGAACGACGGUUGCAGAACAAGAAUACCGUCUCCACACGUACGCAGUAAUCAAAAGCGAUAGAGAGUGCCACUACGACCAACUGCCGGUGCAGCUGACUAAAUGGCAAAACCCAAGUACAUCCGAUGCGAUGACGCGUGUUCAGGAAGAAGUGGAAGAGACAAAACUUGUCAUGCACAGCACGAUCCAAGCGCUACUCGACCGCGGCGAGAAACUCGACGAUCUGGUGUCAAAGAGUGAAACGUUAUCUGAACAGAGCAAAAUGUUCUACACGAGUGCCCGCAAGAUGAACAAGUGUUGCAGCUAUGUU